ACUUUGCCGGCUUCUUUGGACGUUGUAUUAGCUCUUGGAUAUCCUAAUAUAGUGUUAGUCUUUUGCUAUAUCUCAGUUUCAAGGAGAUAUCGCAAAUAGGCGACGAGACGCGUGGAUAUGAUAAAACAAUUUUAGUGCUCCAACAUUUAUUAACAGUAUGGAGCCAUCGAAUCGGGCACCUGCAGAGACACGCUCUCCGGGUGUUCAGAACGGCGGAGAGACACCAUUUGUCCGACCACCUCUCAAUAGAGCAGAUUCUCGGUCAUCCCUAUCAUCACCAUCACCACGACCACUUGGCCCUCAACAAAGACCACAAUUCUUUCCUGGGGGUCCAGUCACAAAUUCACCAUUAGGACCUCGACCAGGAGCUCCUACGCCUAGGAGUCCACUUACUGCUGGACCAGGAUCACCUUCUAUUCGACCACAGGUGCAACAAUAUAGACCAGUUGGUCCUCAGUCAAUAGCACCACAACAAGGCCCUCGGGUACAGCAAUCUCAACCUCAAAGACCACCAGUUCCAAAUAAUUUGCAGUUUGGCCCUAGGCAGCCACCCCAAUUCGUUGGUGCUUCCACGCCUGAAGGGGUAAGGCCAAAUAUAAACCCACAGGCAAACGGAUCGUUGAGGCAAAAUACGCUUUCUGGACAGAACUCAGGUCAAAUUUCAAGGCAAUCAUCGCAAAAUUCACUAAACAUUUCUGAUUCUAACACACCUCAAAACAAACUAGCCAAUCUGGAUAAUCAAAAUAUUAAUAAUGAAAGUCAACAUAUCAACAAGAUUGAAAGCAAUAACGAUAUGGCUGGUGCAGCAAAAGGGCGUAGUUUCAGCAUUUCAGCAGCACCGGGGGCACCGAGUCCAUUUAAAGCGGAAGAUGAUAGACGUAAAUCUGUAAGCGCUGUAAGUGGUCGAUAUGAUGAUUUCAAUAUACGAAACCCUGGUCUGGGACAGAUAAAAGAGACCGCUGGUAGUAAGGAUAAUAUUCGUGGAUCUAAAGAAAGCGUACGGUCAGAAGCUUCUAAUGAUGAGGCUCGGGACAUAACUGAUCGCCCAGAAACGCGCUUAGCUGCAUCCAAGAUGACAGAAUCUUUUAUGGGUUCACUAUCCAAUUUAGUAACAAAGAAAAAAAAUGAUGACGAUGACGAUGUUGUUUCACAAAACAAAUUGGGUGUGGGCAAGAUUGAUGGCCAACAAAAUAAAACUGAUCUCUCUGAUCGCUCGCCAUCAUUGACAAGAAGUGACGAUUCGCCCGAGCCCAAAAAUAUUUUACAAAAUCCCAUUUUGCCUAACAAACCACAAAGUGUUACUCCCGAACCACAAGGACCAAAGACACCAAAAAUGGAAGUUAAAUCAGAUAUUUUUGAAUCUAAUAAAACUAUAAGUCCAACUUCCCAGAGAUCAGAGUCGAAAUCACCUAUGUUGGAAUCUAAAUCUCCAAUACCUGAUAAUAAAUCUCACACUCCAUCAAAAAAGAAGCCAGUGGAACUAAGUACAAAUCAAACGCCAGUUGAUUCUAAAAGAUCUACGCCGAGAAAAGCAGCAUCUGCACCUAAGUCGAGGCCGAAAGAUGGAGACAAUGACAGUGGCGUUGACGAAUCCACUCAAGGAAAUGACUUAAAUGGCUCCCCAGGAUCACCAAACAAGGCACUUCCCAGCAAGUUGCCAACUAAAGAAAAGUCUAAUAGCAGCUUAAAACCCAGCCUUUCUAGAUCUUCGAGCAAGAGUGCUACUGCUAAGACACCGGAAACUCCUGUGCCGAUUGACAAGAAAAAAGUACCGAUGAAUAAAAUACAAGUCGGAAGUGCACCAUCGCCAAAUAUUAAAGCUGUAAAGUCCAAGAUUGGAUCCUUGGAAAACACAACAUACAAACCCGGCGGAGGAAAAGUGAAGAUUGAAAAUCGAAAACUUGAUUUUAACAACGCAGCUCCAAAAAUCGCAGCUAAGAAUGAGGCAUACACUCCUAGUGGUGGCGUAAAAAAGAUAACGUCAACAAAGCUGGAAUGGAAUGCCAAAUCGAAGAUAGGUUCUCUACAAAAUACGUCCUACAAACCAGGAGGUGGCGACAAAAAGAUAGAAACCGUCAAACUGGACUUCAAAGAAAAAGCUAAACCGAAAGUUGCAUCUACUGUUAACAUUACUCACAAACCAGGCGGUGGAGCCAUCAAGAUCGAAAACCAAAAGUUGGAAUUCAAAGCACAAAGCAAAGUGGGCUCUCUCGACAACGUGAAACACAGACCAGGAGGCGGUGACAUCAAAAUAUUCGACGAUAAAGAUUACAUAAAGCAGGUCGGAGGUCACUCCCCUCUCCCUAGUUGUGGGCAGUCACGGCAGGAGAGUCCAGUACCGCCGCCGGCGCAGCCUCCAAAGGCAGACGAGAAUCUGAAUGAGCAACACAGUUAAACAGUGCACGUCGAAUCCGAUAUUAAUUUUCAGUCCAAAUUCUAUACGUUCCGUAUAAAUACAAUAUUAAUUUUUUAAUCGUUUCUAAUCUUUCAUAGAGCAUUUGCUUUCUAGCAAACAAGAGUGCCAAUGUAGAACUGUGUGAUUUUGAUCCAAUAAGUUUUAAAUUAAACAUUAGUUUAUUAAAUAGCAACACUAGCACUACAUCUGUCAAACUAGUUUUGUGUAACCACGAAAACACCAACAAUAUUUUUGUAUUAAAAGCGAACAAAUUGUUUUGUUAUUGCACUUCAGUAUAUUAGAAGCUUAGUCCCCGUUAUGUUAAUUAUAGUUUUAAGCACUUAUGUUGUACCUCUCACGUUGUUCAUUGUAUUAAUAAAAAUAUAUGUAAUUUUAUUUCAUUAGAUAUAUUGUUAGGUAUAAAAUGAUAAAGUUGAUUCUGGAAUGGUAAUUUACAGAGGAAUUUGCUUUGCUUUCGGUAUUUAUCUCUGAUUUAUGCUAAUUACAAAUUAAAUAUUUCGAAAGCAUCGCAUAUUGGAGUUUGACUGAUGCGAGAUAAUUUAUAUGUAGGAAUAUUUUGUAUGUAUUUAUAAUUAAUUAUAGAUUUAGCUGUACUGAUUAAAUGUUGACGCUUUAAAAUCACAUUUUCUUUGCGGUGUCUAGUUAGUUACAUUUAAAAAUGUAACCUUAACAUUUAAAUUAAGUAAUUAACAUUUUGGUCUCUAUAACACAAAAUAUGUAUUUAAAUUCACUUCCGGUGUCAUACUACAAUAUAUAAAAUUAAACGCAUUUAGUAUUAUAUAGUCAUCUGAAGUAAGCAGAAUCAAAUAUACAUUACAGCUACCUAUACUAAAAUUUGUAAUUGUCAAGUUUAAUACAAAAUAACAUAUUAAUAC